CGAGCCUGAAUUUGCUAACAGAACCGAUUCGCCCCUUCUUCUGGAGCCUUCCAAGUUUGGAUUUCGAACUUACGCCACUCCGUCGGCGUUCCCGCAUCUUCAGCAAUCUUCGAGCAAGAAAGGGAACUACUUAUUUGUUGCUUCAUCUGCUAAGCAUUUAAAGCCCGUCGUUACUGCGAGGGUUUUCUUUUCGGGUCCCGAACCGUGUAUGCUUGUUACUGUUACAGUUGACUUAUCAAAGGAAGGCAUCGUGAUUGAACCGGAUUCCGGAGAGGCAGCGAUAAUAAGGAGGACGAGGUGGUGGUGGUGAUCCGAAGAACGAAGGAGAGGGAGGAUUAUUGGACGGUAGUGACGGUGAGAAGUAGAAGAAGACGGCAUUGUCCAUGUCUCAGAAUCUGACUCUUGGGUAUGCUGCCCUUCUUGGAAUGGGUGGUCUUAUGGGCUACUUGAAGAGUGGUAGCCAGAAAUCACUUUUGGCUGGAGGACUAUCUGCCUCAAUACUGUAUUAUGUGCAUACGCAGCUUCCUACAAAUCCAGUUUAUGCCUCGUCUAUAGGGCUUGGUGUAUCGUCUACACUCAUGGGAGUGAUGGGCUACCGUUUCUUGAUGUCAAAAAAGAUUUUUCCUGCAGGUGUUGUAUCUCUUGUGUCGCUGGUAAUGACUGGUGGAUACAUUCAUGGAGUCCUGCGCAGUAUGCACUGAAACAUGCUUAAUGUAUGAGUGAGACAUAUGUUUAAUACUUAAUAACGAGGCUUGCGCUGGCCAUCCCCAGUGGUAGCUGAGCUGAUUUCGCUAUCUUUUGUGGUGUUGAUGUUUUGACGUGUAAAAUAUGUGUAUUAGUAUGUUAGAGUUACAAGAUUGGACGUUCUCUUAUUUAAUCAUCUGCUACUUUUCUCAAUACAGCUACUCUUACUUGGUUGA